CCUUUUCUUUUGAGUGAACUUACAGUUUAAACAAUUAUAGACACUACUAUAGAGAAUAACUUCGAAUAUGUAUAAAUGUGCAAAGUAUUUUUUUCCUAAAAGGUCACACUAUAAUUACCAUGUUGAUAAAUGUUUAAAAACAAACGCACAUGUGGGCUGGACAUUAACAGUUAAAUAUGCUAUCACUGCGUUUCCUAUGUCCUGUAAGGAAAUCAAGUCAUGGCGGCGGCUCAGGUCCGUGCUCUGGUUUCCACUCAGUGGCUCUCAAACGCGGUCAAGUGCAACCUCGUCGGCCCCAACCUCCGCGUCCUGGACACUUCGUGGUAUUUACCGGCCUGGAAGCGCAAUGCAAAGGCGGAGUUUGCACGGGAACACAUUCCAGGCUCGCAUUACUUUGACUUGGACGAGUGCUCCGACAAAACAUCCGUUUACGAGCACAUGUUGCCAACUCCCAGCCACUUCUCCCAGUAUGUGGGAGAUCUGGGAAUCGGGAAUGACACCCAUGUCGUUGUCUACGACACCAGCGACUUCGGCUCAUACAUUGCGCCACGGGUGUGGUGGAUGUUCCGGCUGUUUGGACACAGUACGGUGUCAGUGUUGAACGGAGGCCUGAAGAACUGGUUGGCCGAGUGCCGUCCAGUGACGUCUGAGAUCCAAACACCGGAGCGUAGAGAAUUCAAGGCUACAAUGAAUCCGUCCUGGGUGAAAAGUUAUGAAGAUGUGCUGGAGAACAUCAGGACCAAGAAGGCCCAAGUGGUGGACACCAGGUUUAAUGGGAUGUUUCGGGGCACUGAGCCCGAGAUCAGGGAAGACUUACUACCGGGACAUUUCCCUGGUACAAUCAACGUGCCUUUUACGUCGUUUUUGGACGCCUCUGGAAAGGAGCUGGACAAGGAAACCCUGUCUAAAUUGUUCAAAGAUGCUGGUGUUGACCUUCAGCGCCCUCUGUGGGCCACGUGUACCACAGGUGUUACUGCAUGUCAUGUUGCCCUUGCUGCAUACUUGCUCGGCUAUCCUGGGGUGUGUAUUUAUGACGGCUCCUGGUCGGAGUGGUUUAUGAGGGCAAGUCCUGAGCACAUCAUCUCAGAGAGAGAGAAAAGGAAGGGUUAACAAACUGUUACGAAGAUCUAAUGUGGAUUUAACAAUAGACAGGUAUUUGCCAACUGCCUUUAGGAGAGACAGAUCAGGAACUUUGUGCUAAUUAUAAAAACACAGCAGUAAGUCACCAGUAAGUUUUUGUAAGAUCUUAAAUAUAGUUAUUAUGACGUGAAUACAUCUUGUAACUGCUCCUGCUAAUAUUAAUAAAUGAAUUAUUACAACUAAAUCCUUUUUAAGAUCUGUGAUUUGUACGAACAUGAAUACUGUGUAUACAUAUCGCAAUAAAUGGAACCCUAAUGUCUUUUUUUAGCUGAAUUCAAUGUUUAAUUCAAAGACUUGAAGCUAAGAAUAAAGACAAUGGUGAAAGUUGAA